GCGGUUGAGAAGUGAAGUCUUGGCCGGAGUUUGCUUCUUGCCAGGAAAUCGGCGGCGGCGGCGGCGGCGGCGGCGGUUCCCCGCCGAGCGGAGGCCGAUUCGCUCCGCGCUCCCUUUGCGGGCCGCGGAGAGCGGGGCUGGCGCUGGACUGCGGCGCGGCGCGGCAGAGCGCGCCCGGGGCAGCCGCGCUUUUCCCCGGUCACACCUGGCUGUAUGCAGGGCUUAUUUCUGGCUCUGUGCGCAGAGAUCACUCCUGGUGGAGUUCAGGGGACCAUAUGGGCUGCUGAGGAUUGAACCUGGAUCAGCUGUGUGCAAGGCAGCUCCCUUCCACUGUACUAUCUCUCUAGCCCCUGAAAAUAGACCUUAUUUGUAGUCAACUACAUUGGUGUCUAAGGCAACCAAAUCUUCAGUGGAAGGCUUUUGAAUGAAGAUACAAGAAGCCACUUUAGUUGAUUCAAAAUGGGAACGACUAGUGAUGAGAUGGUGUCUGUGGAACAGACUUCCUCCUCCUCUUCCUCCUUCAAUCCUCUGUGUUUUGAAUGUGGGCAGCAACACUGGACAAAAGAAAACCAUUUAUACAAUUAUCAGAAUGAAGUGGAUGAUGACCUGGUCUGCCAUAUUUGCCUUCAGCCUCUGCUUCAGCCACUUGAUACCCCCUGUGGACACACGUUCUGCUGCAAGUGCCUCCGAAACUUCUUACAAGAGAAAGAUUUCUGUCCACUGGACCGGAAGAGACUUCACUUUAAGUUGUGUAAGAAGUCUAGUAUUCUAGUUCAUAAACUCCUGGACAAAUUAUUAGUAUUAUGUCCAUUUUCUUCUGUGUGCCACGAUGUCAUGCAACGCUGUGAUCUGGAAGCCCAUCUUAAAAACAGAUGUCCUGGAGCUUCUCAUCGGAGAGUUGCCCUAGAGAGAAGGAAAACUAGUAAAACUCACACAGAGCUCGAGACUGAAAAUGGACCUACACUAAUAGAUAUUCCAGGUACUUUAGCACCCGAAACAGACUGUUUGGGGCCAGGCACGGUGCCUGCUGAAGGGACCUUGACCUCAGCAUCUCUUCCCUCCUGGACUGAGGAACCUGGCCUAGACAACCCAGCCUUCGAGGAGACUGCUGCAGCCGACACCACACAACAGCCACUUAGUUUACCAGAAGGUGAAAUCACCACAAUUGAAAUUCACCGGUCUAAUCCUUAUAUUCAGUUAGGAAUCAGCAUUGUGGGUGGCAAUGAAACGCCACUGAUUAACAUUGUCAUUCAGGAAGUCUAUAGGGAUGGAAUAAUCGCCAGAGAUGGAAGACUCCUUGCUGGAGACCAGAUUCUUCAGGUCAACAACUAUAAUAUCAGCAAUGUAUCUCAUAACUAUGCCAGAGCUGUGCUUUCUCAGCCCUGCAGCACACUGCAUCUCACGGUGCUUCGAGAGAGACGCUUUGGCAACCGGGCUUAUAACCAUCCUGAUAGUAACUCUCCACGAGAAGACAUCUUCCAUGUGGUUCUCCAUAAAAGGGACUCUGGUGAACAGUUGGGCAUCAAACUUGUACGAAGGACAGAUGAGCCAGGCGUCUUUAUUCUUGACCUGUUGGAAGGGGGGCUGGCAGCCCAGGAUGGGCGGCUCAGCAGCAAUGACCGGGUGCUUGCUAUCAAUGGGCAUGACUUGAAGCACGGCACCCCGGAGCUUGCAGCCCAGAUAAUUCAGGCUAGUGGAGAAAGAGUGAAUUUAACAAUUGCUCGACCAGGGAAAUCCCAGUCUGGUAACAGUAACCGAGAAGCAGGAACUCCAAGCAGUAGCCAACACCACACUCAGCCUCUGUAUCCCAGCAGACCCAGCUCACAUAAAGAUCUUACCCAGUGUGUAACAUGUCAAGAAAAACACAUCACUGUCAAGAAGGAACCACAUGAAUCCCUGGGUAUGACUGUCGCUGGUGGCAGAGGAAGUAAGAGCGGCGAGCUGCCGAUCUUCGUGACUAGUGUCCCGCCUCAUGGCUGCCUUGCACGUGAUGGCAGAAUCAAGAGAGGUGAUGUGUUACUGAAUAUCAAUGGCAUUGAUCUGACCAACCUGAGCCACAGUGAAGCUGUAGCUAUGCUGAAAGCCAGUGCUGCAUCUCCCUCUGUUGCCCUGAAAGCACUGGAGGUCCAGAUUGUGGAGGAGGUGACCCAGACCACAGAAGAGCAGCCAAGUGCUCUGAGUGAGAACGAGUAUGAUGCCAGCUGGUCCCCGUCGUGGGUCAUGUGGCUGGGCCUCCCAAGUGCCCUGCAUAGCUGCCAUGAUAUAGUUUUACGAAGAAGCUACUUGGGAAGUUGGGGCUUUAGUAUUGUUGGUGGUUAUGAAGAGAACCACACCAAUCAGCCUUUCUUCAUUAAAACUAUUGUCUUGGGAACUCCUGCUUAUUAUGAUGGACGAUUAAAGUGUGGUGACAUGAUCGUGGCUGUAAACGGCCUAUCCACCGUGGGUAUGAGUCAUUCUGCGUUGGUUCCUAUGUUGAAGGAGCAAAGGAACAAAGUGACUCUCACUGUCAUUUGCUGGCCAGGAAGCCUUGUAUAGAGUUUUCUAAAAUUGGAUUCAAGUCAAAUAUCUUCCCUUUUGAGUGUUGUGGAAUGAAAACCCUAUAGUUGAUUGUGUUUCCGGUUAUCAGGAGCUACUAACAGAGCCGGGCUGGCACUAACACCGAAGGACCAAAGCCCACUGAGAUUAUCUUUUUCUUUUUAUUUCAAUGAUUUUCCUCAAGUUAGCCACAUUUCUUUCAACUUGAAGCAGUUCAGCUUGAAUCGCCCACUAACUCUUGUGAGUUCAUCCUCUCGGAAUUUGGAUUCCCAGCAGUCCAAGUGGGACCUGUGAUCAUGAGUGAACCUUCACCACCUGUGAUUGGCAGCGGCGGCAGCAGCUGAUUAGCAGCCUCCUGGUGGCUCUUUGUUUUCAGUAACUGGGUCAUCGAUUGAGUUGAACAUGGGUCAAGAUUGGUGUCUGUGAAGCCAGUAGCAAGAACGUUUGUUGCUGUGGUGGCACCUAGUGCUGUGCAUCAGUACAUUUAAAAAAUUUGGAUGAUGACCCUUUGCUUACUUUUCAUUGGUGCCAACAUUUCAAAACUUCAUAUUGUUUAUAAGUUUUGUGGGGGAUUUUGCCCCCUCUGGCUUAUUUCAUUUCUAUUUUAAUCUCUCAGUACUCAUGGAUGAUGAGACAUAAGUCUGCCAUCACUGAAGAGGUUUUAAAAAAUAAUGUACCAUUAUUAGAAUAGUAGAGAAUAAAAGAUAAUGUCAUCCAGUGAAAAAAGGAAUUUGGGAAGUAAUUAUAGUUUAGUGCUAGAGAUGGUAAAAGCUGCAUUUACUUGAAUAGUCCAAAAGCAUUAAAGAUUCAUUUCCAAAGGAAUGCUUUAUUAUAGGAAGAGUUUUGAAGCAGAUUUUGCUAAAAAUGAUUUUCUAGAGUUUGUACUAUACUUAUCAGCAGUCUUGGCUGGAAAUGUUCUUGUGAUUUAUGCAGUUAAACUAGACGAUAAAGCUAAAACCAUAUUGCUAUUAUAUAUACACUCAAUCUCACAAUUUAGUAGGCAGUUAGACCUUUUACUUUAUUCUGAGCAAGAUUUAUGAGUGUCCUAGAAACUUACUGUUUCCUAUUCUUAUAAACUUACUUAUAUUAAGAAAAGGACUAUGGAGCUGGAGCAAUAGUCCAGCAGGUAGAGCUUAUUUGUGCCUUGCACGCAGCUGACCAGAGUUCGAUCCCCAUUACCCCAUGUUGUUCCCUGAGCCCCACCAGGAGUGAUCCCUGAGUGCAGAGCCAGGAACAGCUCUGACCAUCAACUGGAUAUGACACCAAAACAUGGAAAAGAUGGAAAAGUUCUGAUUUUUUAAAUUUGAAAUAAUAAGUUUAAGGCAUUAGUAUCAUUCAUUCAGUUCUUGGUUACUAGAUUGUUUUCAUUUAUUUUUUUUAAAUGUUUUUGAAAACUCUGACCAACCCUUUUUGUUUCUUGUUUAUUAAACAUAGUUGUCCUUUGCAAGAACAUAUAAAGAAGUGAAUACGAGAAAAA